AUGCUCUUCUCAACAUCGAUAUUCAGGAUAGGCACUCUCCUCGUCACGGCGAGUGUUGCCAAUGCCGCCUACACCCUUCAAGAUGACUACAGUGCCGGCAACUUCUUCCAGGAGUUCGACUUCUAUGAUGGUGCAGACCCCACGAACGGGUUCGUCCAGUAUCAGAGUGCCGUCGAGGCAAAUGCGGCCGGUCUUGCGGGCUUCGUUGGCAGCAGUGUCUACCUCGGCGUAGACUACCGGACGAACAACCCAUCAGCCGGCCGACCCUCAGUACGAGUAACGUCUAAGAAGGCCUACACCAAGGGGCUUUUCAUCGCAGACAUCGCACACAUGCCCGUUGGCUGUGGUGUAUGGCCAGCCAUGUGGAUGUUCGGUCCCAACUGGCCCUCCUCCGGGGAGAUCGAUAUCAUCGAGGGCGUCAACAGCCAAAGCACCAACGCCAUUACCUUGCACACUUCAGCUGGCUGCAGCAUCAGCAACACUGGGUCGCUGGCCUCAACUAAGCUCACCACCACGGACGGCAACUGCAACUCCGGGAACGGUAACAUUGGCUGCGGCCAGUCAACUUCCGAUACCAACAACUACGGCGCGGGCCUCAAUAGCAUUGGCGGUGGCGUCUAUGCUGUCGAGUGGACCAGCACAGGUAUCUCCGUGUGGUUCUUCCCUCGUGGCUCUGCUCAAGCCUCCGCCCUCUCGGGCAACUCGACUGCUGGCGCGGGUGUCGACACCUCAGCCUUCGGCCAGCCCCUGGCGACCUUCGUCGGUGGCAGCGGGUGCAACAUUGAUGAGCACUUCAUGAACCACAACCUUGUGUUCAACACCGACUUUUGCGGUGACUGGGCCGGCCAGGUGUGGAGCCAGGACGCUACCUGCUCAUCGCUGGCCGCGACCUGCAACGACUACGUCGCCAACAACCCGCGCGCGUUCGUCGAGGCCUACUGGCUGAUCAACUCCGUCAAGGUGUACCAGGACGCUGGUUUACCUGCAAAGCGAGAUCGCGUGAUGCGGUCUUUCAUCGCAUAG